CUCCUGUGCGUCGUCCGCGCGCUCCUGAAGAAGAUCAAGCAGCGCGUCCUCGUCGGCGACGGCGUGGACGUCAACACGAUCGACUGGGUCGACGGCCGCGCCGUCGUGGAGCACGUCCACGCGCGCUCGUCCACGCUGCUGGAUCCGCCCGUCGCCAACGUCGACCACGCGCUGCUCGUCUUCGCGCUCGAGCGUCCGCCGCUCGAGCCGAAGCAGCUCACGCGGUUCCUCGUGUCCAUGGAGCAUACGAACGUGCCGUUCACGCUGGUGCUGAACAAGUGCGACCUGGUGAGCGCGGAGGCGCGCGCGGAUUGGGACGCGAGGUUGGAGCAGGCGCAGGAAGAGGAAGAGGGCGGCGGCGGCGGCGACGAAGAAGGGACCAACGCGGGCGAUCUGAACGAGGGCGUGACCGUCCUCGCGGGACCGUCCGGCGUGGGGAAGAGCUCGCUCAUCAAUCGCCUUCGCGCGGGGAGCGCGCUGGCGGAGGCGCUGGCGGCGGCGGGCGCGAUGGGGGGCGCCGACGGGGGGAAGCACACGACGCGGCACGUGACGCUGCUGCCGCUGCGGAGCGGGGGUUUGCUCGCGGACACCCCCGGGUUCGGGUAUCCGUCGCUGCAGACGCUGACGCCGACGACGCUGGGACGGUGCUUCCCGGAGGCGCGUUCUACGUCAUCACACUGCCGAUGCAAGUUCGCCGACUGCACGCACCGCGACGAGCCCGGGUGCGCGGUCGACGCGGAGGAGCCGUGGGAGGAAGGCCGGUACGACGCGUACGUGGACUUGUUCGACGAGUGCGAGGCGAUCGAGAAGCAAGAGCGCGAGCGCGGGUACGCGCGAGAGAGCACGGUGAGCUUGCGCGGGGGGCAAUCCCCCGGCGCGAUGCGCAUGGAGGCGAAGCUCGAGACCAAAUCGCAUCGGAGGCAGUCGCGACGCGCGAGAAACAUGGAGACGGAGGCUCGGCUGAGAGACGAGAUGGUGGAGGAGGAGGAG